CCAAAGAUGGCAACAAUAGCACUCAUGAUGAUUCCCCUCACGCGUCAGUGGAGCCAUGACUCAGCCUGUGCUGGUGUUCAGCUCACACCUCAUCUGUGCAACUUCCUCAUUCGCUGACUUGUGUUCGAUGUGACUUAAGAGCAAAUCUUAAAAGCAACGACCACAGAGGCGACCGGUGCGUGCCGAUCUCUCCCCGAUAUGAAGUAACACAUCUGGACGUCUUUGGAGCAGAGGUAUAUCUUUAAGCAGGACUGAGAAGGUCAGGUAUAGGGAAGCGGGUCAGACUCCACAGCCAGCAUGCUCCGGCAGUCCUUGAGCAUCCUGAAGCAGUUUGGCUCUACGGCAAAGUCACAAGAUGCCACUGAACUUCUACACGAAGACCUGGUUGUGGUGGAGGGGCGGGUGGAACCGGCCAAGAAGGCGGCUCAGGUCCUGCAGAAGAAGCUGCAGGGCUGCAUGUACAGUCAGACAGGCCUGGAGGCCGAAAAACGAAUGAAAAAGCUGCCUCUGAUGCUGCUGUCCGUCAGCAUGGCAGAGAGCCUCAAAGACUUUGACGCGGAGUCCUCAAUCAGGAGGGUGUUGGAGAUGUGCUGUUACAUGGAGAAGAAGCUGGCCAGCAUGCUGGCGGACUUUGAGAUGAAGGUGGAGAAAGAAGUUCUGGAGCCGCUCAACAAGCUCAGCGAGGAUGAUUUACCAGAGAUCCUCAAGAACAAGAAGCAGUUCACAAAGCUCACUACAGACUGGACCACCGCAAGAACCAGGAGCCAAGCCAGCACUGGUCCCCAGGCAAAGCAGGAUGGGCUCAGGGAGGAGGUGGAAGAAGCUUGGAGAAGGUUGGAGAGCAUCAAGGACCAGUACUCCGCAGAUCUGUAUCACUUUGCAACUAAAGAAGACGACUACGCUAACUACUUCAUCCGCCUUCUCGAGCUGCAAGCGGAAUAUCACAAACAUUCACACGAAUUCCUGAACAAAAACAUCAGCGAGCUCAAAGAGAAUCACAAUCAAAAAGCGCCACCGCUAAGCCUCUCUGGUCAGAAGGUCUAUGGGGAGCCUCUGCUCUCUCAUCUGUCUCAAAGCAACAGAGAAAUCGCUGCACCCAUCCAGGAGUGUGUUUACAUGCUGCUGACAACGGGCAUGACUGAAGAGGGGCUAUUCCGUCUGGCGGCCGCCGCCUCAGUGGUGAAGAGGCUGAAGAAUUGUUUGGAUCGUGAGGUGGUCGACUACAGCGAGUUCAGCAUGGACCCUCAUGCCGUGGCCGGAGCUUUGAAGUCUUACCUGCGAGAACUUCCCGAACCUCUGAUGACCUUUGAACUCUACAAUGACUGGUUUAAAGCAGCAGGGGAAAAAGACCCGACGGAGAAGCUGGAGCAGUUCAGAGUACUACUGAAGAAACUGCCGCCAGAAAACUACAACAACCUCAGGUAUCUGGUCCAGUUCUUGUCUCUGCUGUCUGAGCAGCAGGCUGUCAACAAAAUGACACCCAGCAACGUUGCCAUCGUCCUGGGGCCCAACCUGCUCUGGCCACGAGCUGAAGGGGAAGCUGCUCUGUUAGACAUGGCGUCAGCUUCUUCAGUCCAGGUGGUGACGGUCGUUGAGCCUCUCAUUCAGUACAGCUCCAGCCUCUUCCCCGAAGCUGUAUCUUUUGAGAUCCCAGAACUUCCCGAGGUCCCGGAUGUCUCCAUGCCAGCCUCCGUCGCCCAGUCUCAGAUCUCAGAAAAGGAGAAAGUGAUGAGAACAGUCUCUUCCUCCUCCACAGCCUCCUCCUGCUCCUCUUAUCACCUCGCUCUCUCAAAGACAAACAGCACAGCCUCUCAGGACAGUUUUGGCUCCGUCCUGGUGAAAUCUGGCUCUGUGAGUCGCAGUGGCACCUCCACAUGGGCCAACCCUGUUGCUGACACAGCGGCACCAACGCAUCAAAGCUCAACAUCCAGCAGCUCCUCCUCCCUCGAUCCCGGCCCUGUCGUGGCCUCCAACACUUUGGCCGCCUUUGGCACGGCGGCCCUUCCCAAAGCAACGGGAUCGGCGCCGAACCCAAGUCAGAUCAGGAGUCCCGUCCAGAUGCAGUGCUCGGAUGAAGGCCAACUGGAGCCAAUUUUGGAGGCUCCUCCAGACUCCCCAAGAGCAUUUGUGAUGAUCUCCUCACCAUAUAAACCUAAAAGAUCUUUCAACCAGACCAAAUCUCAGCCAGCUAACGAGCAGUUGACCGUUCAGUUCUGUAAACCCAGACCCUCGGUACCUCCAAAGCUCCAGGCCCCUCGGCUCACCGCCACAGCCCCGGCCGUGGUGGACACAGCAAGCCAGCCGAUACCCCCACCCCGAGCUCAGUUGGCCAGCCUUAAAAAGCACCCUCCAAAAAAGCCUGGACUCAGAGCCCCAAAGUGCCCUCCACCACUUCCGCCACCGUCACAGGUGAAAGCGGUUCCUUCUUCAGCACAGUAAGAAAAACGACGCAUGUGGAAUAUCAGCAACGCUGGCUGUGGCCGGGGGUGAAACCGGCUUGAAACUGUCAACCAGAGAGGGCAGCAGAAAACUGCUUUUCAGCCCCGCUGUUAUGUUACUAUUUAAACAUGUUAGGUUUUCCAUAUUGUCAGUCUGUGUUGUUUAAUAUCUUAUUAAGAAUUGCAGCUUAAAGGUGCUUAAUACGAGAUUGAGAGCAUUACGAUUGCCUCUCAACGGCUCUCAACAUGGCAACAGCUGAGCCAGUGGCUCACAGCUAAAGGCGCUAACAAUGCAAACAAGGGUGAAAGUGCUGACAGAGCUAACGGUGUUUACCUGAGGGGGGAACCAGUGGGUUGGUGCCACGCUUCCGCCAUGACGCCGUCGGUCGGGACGUUGCUAUCAGCUGCAACUGCCGAGAGCAGUGCAGAGCACGGCCGGCCCAGCUAUGGCAACAGAGCAAUGACAAGCUUGGAUUACCACACACACAGCAACUUUAUUCUCUGCCCGGGUAGAUAUUGAUUCACUGUAUCUUUGCAUGGCAAAUAGUUAUUUGCUGCUUUAUUAAUGCUCUGAAUCUCGUAUAUUGCAACUUUACUUCCCUUUUGUUUGGACUAUCAACGUUUCUGUAACUAGCUUCAUUUAUUUAUUCUUCAGGUACUGAUGCCCUUUAUUUCUCUGUAAAGUAGGCUAAUUGGCAGAAAGCGAGUCUUUCUGGUCAAAAAUAAUAACUACUCAAUAAAUGAAUCCGGCCAUCCAGAACCGCCUUCCAAUUUCUGUUUGUGGUGUUUUUAGUGUGAAUUUUUCCAUAAAUAUACAAAAACGAUGUCAUUCAUGUGAGGUUUAGCCUUUUAAUGUAAAUAACAAAUGUUUAACAGUCACCUUUCAGGUGACUGUUAAACAUUUCUAUUAAACUGACUGACAUGACUGUUAAACAUGUUCAAGGGGUUUCGGGUGGGAAACUCCUUUAAAUCGACUUCAAACCUUAAACCUGGGGAAAUUAUGUACAUAAAUGCAUCUUCAACCUAAUUAAAAACAUUUGUAUUGUCAAUUCAUGUCAUCAUUACAAUAUAUAAUUGGUACUAACUGCAGCAUAUGGAUGUGAAUUGCACUAUGUACUGCAGGUGCUCAUACUGUAAGUACAUAUUUAUAGGAGGUCAGUUAAUAUCUUCAUGUACAAAUGUAUAAAAGAACAUAUAAAUGACAAUUCUUUAAAAAAAGGAAUACAGGAGUCAGACUUCAUAAUCAUAAAAGGCCUCUAUAGAAGGUCUGCAGCAUAACAUGAGCAAUUAAAGGGUUAAGCUUUAGUUACAACUAGCAAAUACCAGUAGUACUUGUC